AUGGCUGUGUCAUGUAUUGUUUCAAAGUCUGAAACUGGUGUCCUGCUUUUAGGAAUCACUAAUGAUACAAAGGACCCUUCUGUGGAUUCUUUCAAGACAACAACCUUGCAUAUGCUCAAGCACUUUGGUGUUCCUCUGGAGGGUUUCGCUCUAAAUAUUGAUAGCCGUGGAUCUCCUCCUCUUGGUGGUGGUGAGGUGUUUCUCCGGGUUUGCAAUAUAAAUAGCACAUUGACGGCAGCAAACUGGGUAGAUGAAGGUAUGGUGAAGAGGAUAAGGGGUGUUUCGUUCUCCACUAGAGUAUCUCCACAGUUGCAAAGCCGCAUUAUAUAUGCUGCACGUGGAAUCUUCAAUCGCUUCAUUCCUGAUGUUCAUAUAGACACGGAUCAUAGAUCUGGUUCUGCUGGUGGGAGGUCACCAGGCUAUGGUGUAUCAUUAGUUGCUGAGACCACUACGGGAUGCCUGCUCUCUGUAGAUGUCACUGUGAGUUAUCCUAGUGUUGAUGAAAUAAAUGAAGAAUCUGAGAAGCCUGAGCUGACUUCUCCGGAGGAUCUUGGUGUUCAAGCUGCAUCAAUGCUACUAGAAGAGGUGGCUCAAGGAGGUGUUGUUGACUCUACACAUCAGGGCCUCCUAUUUAUCCUGUGUGCUUUAUGCCCACCUGAUGUAUCAAAGGUUCGUGUGGGACAGUUGACUCCAUAUGGUAUAGAGACACUUCGAAACAUCAGAGAUUUUCUUGACGUCAAGUUCAUCAUCAAGCCUGAUCCCAAUUCGAACACCGUUACAUUGAAAUGUGUUGGCGCGGGAGUGAAGAAUCUUGCUCGGAAGAUUUCAUAA